UUUGUUGAUAAUUUUAAGAAAUUCAAAUGUUAGGAGUAAGAAACAAAGAUAUAAAAAUAUAAAAAAUAAUACUAAAAUAUAUAAUACAAAUUAUGAAUCUUAUUAAUUAUAUCUAUGCAAAUGAUUUUAAAUUAUCGAUCAAACUUGAUUGAAAAAAUGGCAACCAGCAUAGAAACGGAUAAAUGCAUAGAGAGUUCUCAUUUUUCUAUUAUAGGAGAGUAUUGACAUUUGGAAUGGACAGAACAAAGACUGCAUUUUGCACAGAUAUGGAUAAAUCCGUAAUAGUUCAUAAUUUUGAAAAAAGAGGUUGGUCACAAGUUGGCCCACAAGAUGAUUGGAAUUUUUAUUGGGCAGCCACACAAUCGUGUAGAAAUAUUUUUAGCGUAGAAACUGGAUAUAGAAUGAACGAUAAUCAGAUUAUAAAUCAUUUUCCAAAUCAUUACGAAUUGACCAGAAAAGAUCUUUUAGUGAAAAAUAUUAAACGCUAUCGAAAAGAUUUAGAACGGGAAGGAAAUCCUCUUGCAGAAAGAGGAAGUGGAUCAGGAAAGUAUCUUCAUUUGGAUUUCAUACCUGUUACUUUUGUUUUACCGGCAGAUUAUAAUAUGUUCGUGGAAGAAUACCGAAAAUCACCACAAAGUACUUGGAUUAUGAAACCAUGUGGAAAAUCACAAGGCGCGGGAAUAUUCUUAAUAAAUAAAUUAAGUAAAUUAAAAAAAUGGUCACGGGAAGUUCGAAAUCCAUUUAAUCCAAAUCUUACUAAAGAAUCUUAUGUUAUAUCUAGAUAUAUAGAUAAUCCACUUUUAAUUGGAGGGAAAAAAUUUGAUCUUCGUUUAUACGUUCUUGUUGCAUCUUUUCGUCCGUUAAAAGCUUAUUUAUUUAAACUUGGUUUUUGUCGUUUUUGUACUGUAAAAUAUGACACCAGUAUUCAAGAAUUAGAUAACAUUUACGUACAUUUAACUAAUGUUUCUGUACAAAAACAUGGUGACGAAUACAAUAGUAUACACGGUGGAAAAUUAAGUUUACAAAAUUUACGUUUAUAUUUGGAGAGUACGCGCGGUAAAGCUGUAACUGAAAAAUUAUUUUCAAACAUCUCAUGGUGCAUUGUGCAUUCUUUAAAAGCUGUUGCACCUGUAAUGGCAAAUGAUCGUCAUUGUUUCGAAUGCUAUGGAUACGAUAUUAUUAUUGAUAAUAAACUAAAACCAUGGCUAAUCGAGGUCAAUGCUUCGCCAUCGUUAACGUCUACUACAGUAAAUGAUCGAAUAUUAAAAUAUAAAUUAGUAGAUAAUAUUAUAUCUAUAGUUUUAUCACCGAGUGGAACACCUGAUGUAAGAUGGAAUAAACGUCCACGUCCAGAAGUAUUAGAAAAUUUUGAACUUCUUUUGGACGAAGAAUUAUCGACACAAGAUGAGAAAAUUAAUUCAGUAGAUAAAUAUAGAAAUUUAUCUAACAAAUGGAAAUAAAUGAUAUAAUUAUAAACAAUAUACGUCUAUUCCUCAACACGAUGAUUUUCUUUAUAAAUGGCAUAAGGAAAUCAAUUAACUAAAAUGCGCACAUUAAUUUCAUUAAUUUAAUUAAAAUAUACAUUAAUAAAAAUUUUAUUUUUUGUACAAAUAUCUUACAAACAUACGGCGCUUAUAAUCAUACAAAUGUAAAAAAAAUAUAAACAAUGAUUUCAGUCUUUGAUACUAGACAUAUUAAUAUUAUUAAUAUUAUGAUACGAUAGAUUCCUUCAAGGCAAUGUAAAAUGGCAGUGCGAGGUCAGAAUCUUUAAGAUUCUUAAUAUAUUUUAUACAGGAUUCGAUAACGGUGCUAUACAUUAUAAUGAUACUAUUCAAAUGAUUAUGGCACAAUUUCCUAAUUGAGCUACAUUUACAGGAACAAUGAAGUGGACGAUGUGUACAUCGGAUAAAAUUUUACGUAAUGUAAUCGUUAUUACACGUGUUUCAUAUUAUACAUCAGACCUCAAAAUAUUUAACGAAUAUUCAAAUAUAUUUAUGAUGUAAUAAGUUGAAAUUUGUCUAUUUACAUAUUACAGUAUUAGAGAAAGAUUUUCUUUAAUAUUACAAUAUAACUACAAAAUGGUUUUUCAUUUGUGCAAUUGUGUGUAAAUGUUAUUAUAUAUAUUUUGAUAUCCUUAUUAUCUUGUAUGUACAAAUUGCAAUAACAUAUUUGAUUUAUAUCUAGGUAUUUUGUAAGUUUUUUAGGCAUUCAAUACUUAAAAUACUUUUGAUAUUAUUAGCUUAUUAAUGUAGAUAUCAAGUAACUCUUGCAUGCUGCCUGUUUUGUAUUAAAUUGCUUCAAAACCUGAUAUGAUUAUUAUUUCAAAUGAUGUAUUUAAUUCUAUAUAAUACCUAUGUACAUGUAUCAGAAGUUAAGACUUUCUACAAGAGAUCAGUAAUUUCUGAUUAUAAAAUGAAUAAUAAAAUAUAAGUUGCAGCCUUUGGUUGAAUUCUACCGUACUUAAAAAACAUAUAGAUAUACUUAAGAGUAAUGAUAUGUAAUGCUUCUCAUGUAUAUGUAAUACAUGUGCAUAUACAUAAAAAGCUACUCUUAUAUUAUUAAUAAGAAUAU